UUCGAAAGUAUUUAGGGGGUUUGGAUCGAUUUGCAGAUGUAGCUUUGUUCGUCAUUCUUUCAUCGUUGUUAAAAGGAAGCUUACAAUAUUUGGGUGGAUUUUGUGAAUCUGGAAGACUUCCACAAGCUAGUAAUGAGAUAUACUAUCAAAUGCUUUCUUGUAAUCUACGAAAACAGUGUGUAUAUUCUGGUGAACUUUCUUUGCUUGUUGAAGUAUCAGAGAAUCCACAACAAUUUUUUAUUUUCACCGUUGGUGAUCUCUUUCGCAACCUUUAUUAUUAUUAUUUUAUUAUUAAAAACCUUGAUACUAUUUCUUACUUUCUCGUAUAUGAUUUGGGAAAUAUAUAAAUAAGUAUCAGGUAUUAAAAUUGGUCAUAAAACUUUUAUUUAUCAUUAUCUUCUUCUUUAUUGUCAAUUCAGAUUUUUCCUUGUUAAAACUGAUAUUUUUUGACGUGUUUUGUUGAUUUUUUCUUUGUUUAACCACUGAUUUCCAUGUUCGGGUUGCUCAGGUAAAUACAUUUUUCAACGCAAGUUACAAUGCGUCUAAUAAAUCGAUAAUCUUUAGGCAGUGCAAGGAGCUGUUUACACACAUGAUUUCCAAAUUCCAAAUUUUCACUAUUAAAACGAUUAAACCUGCCACAGCUGCUUCAAACUUUUGCUUUCCAAUAAUGUCUUAACCACGAAUUUAGGUUUACCUGUAACCUCGUUAACUCAUUCAUAACCUUAAAGGCCUCGAUUAAAGUAAAAUGCAGCCACAGCGAUGAACGCUCAAAUAUGGUCCUACCAAGCGUACAUGUGUGCAAUUCAAAUUUUAUUGAUACACAUACGUGAUACUUUUUUGAAGAUAUGAAAUUUAGUCCAAUAUUUUUAUUAUUAAAUACGAUUAACGAAAAAGCCUGUUUUAAAUCAGUAUAAUGACAUCCAUGUUUUAUGUUUGACCAAGGCUGGUGUAAACUGUAAAGGAUGAUAAUUUAACCUUCCGUGACCUACACGGGAUUUAAUAAAGUUAAAGGAACUGAAAAUCUCUAUUUUUCAAUGUCUGCGCCUAUCCUUCGAACCCCCAUGUAGCUGGAAUAACAGCAUUACCAAAUCGUUUAGUAACAUUGAUUUGGUGGUAGCUUCGCAGCAAAGACUGGUCACUCACUUUAUUUUUCUCAUUGCUUAAUCAUGCAGGAUAUAUGUAGUAAUUGAAGGAAGUUUAUGGGUGAUUUGGGAAUGGGUUUGUUUGACUAGCACUUGGGAAGCCACAAAGACAGCCCACGGAUUCCGAGAGAUUCUUGUAAGCGCAUACAAGGCUUGUGGAACCGUCAAAGAAGAUGCCCAGAUAUGUAGCAAGAUAUUCGAAAUUCAACAAGAGAGAAGAUCGAAAGACCAAGUACGACUGCAACGAUGUGGAGUACAAAUAUCCUUAAGCACAUUUAUUUUUUUAUGAAAAUUGUAGUUAAAAUAGAAAUAGAUGCGCAAGUAAUUGCUGCUAUAAAAAUUCAUUCAUGUUAUAUUUUGAUAACACCUCGUAAUUUAUCGAUAAAUUUUAUUGUUGAUGAAAUACCAUCGGAAAUCCCUGAUAAUACGUUAACUUAAUAAUAAAAUACUACUUCCCAAUAAACAUGAUUGUCGUAUCAUCUUUAGUUGCUUGUUAGUUGGUCGAUUUGAUAUUUUAUUUAUAUUUUACAAUGAAUGACAACGCUAAAGUCAAAUUCUACACUUUAGAAGAGAUUUCGAAGCACGAUGGAAAACAAGACGCUCGAACAUGGAUAAUAAUAAGAGACGUUGUUUACGAUGUAACAAAUUAUUUAGACAAUCAUCCCGGCGGUGGAGAAUUGAUAACAGAAUGGGCGGGUAAAGAUGGCACGAAAGACUUUGAUGACUUUGGACAUUCAUUGGACGCAAAAAAAGAAUUGAAAAAACUUAAAAUCGGUGAAGUGGUAGAAGAAGAAAGGAAAAAUAAAAAUAAAAAGGAUGACAAUAAGCAAUUAGUGAAACAGAAGAAUGAGAAAGUGGUAGUUACUCUAGAUAAUGUUCCUGAGAAAAAUUGUAUUUCUAUAUUAACGUGCGGCAUAUUAACUUAGUUUAAAAUUAUCUGAUUAUAUUUAUUUUUAGGCAUUUUAGAAAAUAUAUGAUUGUGUAUGUAUAUUUUUUUACAUAUUUAAGGUGAGAAACUAAAUAUACAAAAGAUUCUUAUACACAUCUACCACCCAUUCCUAGCAAAAAUGGACCUAUUCAAAUAAAACUC